AUAAGCGACGCUCGCAGGUGCACAUUUCAUAGCCUCUUUCGUAGGAUAUUGUAGGGGUGCUCAUUUUGCUGUGGUCAAACCAUCUGUCAAAGUCUGGCAUUCAUAGACUUUGCCCUGAAGCCUCAAAGUCUUGCUUUCGCCCGCGCUUAGCAGUGUACCAGUAUCAACAUGCUUCCAGCGCUGUGGAACUCGACAAACAAUGCGCGGUCCAGCUCGCGCGGACGGGCGCCUGAAAUCGCUGGCGCAACCUGCACCAGCGGCGCGACAACGGGGCCUCACCAGCAUGUCAGCUCCAACCUGGCUUGUGCAUAUGCCAAACCUGCAGGAGCGCGACGCAAUGGCGGCCGGAUUUCUAUCAUCGCUGGCGCAGUCGCAAGUCCGUCCGCGACCGCGGAGCGCACCACCGUUGGUGGCCGGCCCCGCAGCGCUUGGCGUAAACUAGCGGAGGAGGACGGUGCGCGGCCGCGCGCCUCGCACGACUGGGGCUAUGACGAGAGCGCGGCAUCCGAUGCCGACGACGUGCCCACCACGCGCCACGCCGGGGGAAGCGCAGCGGUCGCAUCGGACCGCAUCAACCGCGGCAUGUCGCCCGGGCGGCCCGCGCUGGACUCCACCGCCGCCAUGAACCCCGCCCAGGCCCGUAUGCAGCGCCUUCGCGCCGCCAUGGCCAACGUCGACAACGUCAAGACAACCACAGGCUACGGCAGCCCCAGCGCAAACAUGUACGACGACGAGGCCUGGCUCUUCGGCUGCAACAUGUCCGCGCUGCCGCCUCGCCCUUCCUCCGCGCCCCCCACGCCCUCGCCCUCCGCCUCCCCCUACACCUCCGCCGCCGCCUACACGCCCGCCGCGGCGCUGCCGGCUUCCUUCUGGGACUCAGACGCGAUGAAGAUCACGGCGGACGACGAGACCGCCAAGAAGCUAGGCAGCGCCGCCAUGGCCGCCGCCCGCCUGUCCAUGAGCGUGGGCGGCCUGUCGCCCGGCCGCCAGCGCCGCCGCACAUCCGGCGUGUCGCUGCCCAUGCCGUGGGAGUCCGCGACCAAGUCUGCGGCGCAGGUUGACAUGGCCGCGGCCGGGCCCAGCUCCAUUCGCCGCCAGUCGCCGGCCGCCGCCCCGCUGCCCGCCCGCGGCUACCCGGCCGUCACUCCCCAGCAGCCCGCCGCCGCGCAGCCCGCCUACGGCCGCAGCACCCUGCGCACCGCCUCCACCGACGAGGAUGAGGACAACGCCGGCCAGUACACCGCGGGCAGCAAGGGCUACGGGGCCGGCUACGGCGCGAGCUACGGCGUGGGCGCCUUCAACUACGACCGCUACCACGACGGCGACAGCCAGCUGGUGAGCGACCAGCGCGUCGGCGGGCAACAGCGCUCGCUGUCCUCACUGAUGCGCGGCGAGCUGGAGCAGGUGGCGGCAGCGCUGCCCGGCGGCUCCCACACCGCCCCCUCGCCCGCCGCCAGCGCGAGCCGUGGCGAUCUGCGGACGGGCCACACCACCACCAGCUUCCCCGCCCGCCCCACCAACCGGAAGCCCAGCGGUUCGGCCUCCAAGCCCACGCCUUCCUCCCCUACCGCCGGCGCCGCCUCGCCCGCCGCCACCAAGCCCCCCGGCUCCGCCGACCGCUCGGAGUCUCCCCUCUUCAUCAUCUGCCGCCGCGACUGGCGUGCCGAGAUGGAGGAGGCCACGGGCAUGCGCAAGGGCGCGGUGGGCAGCCGCAGCCCCAACCUGCUGCCGCCCGAUGACGAGUCCCUCAGCCCCAACCGCCGCAAGUCGCCCAAGCCCGUGGCCCCCGGCCCCAGCACUAUGCGCGCGCCCUCCAACUGGCGCACCGCCGCGGAGGGCGAGAUGGGCUACCACAGCAUCUUCUCCAGCCCCGGCUCCGCGCAAAAGAAGAGCAGCCCCAGCUCGCUGCAGCAGCAGCAGGCGCAGGUGCGCAGCAGCAGCGCCGCCGGCGCUGACAACCGAAGCCCCAGCUGCAAGAUGACGGCGGAGGAGCGCGCCGCGCGCGACCGCCGACUGCAGGGCUGGCGCGACCGUGUUUGAAAGGAAAGGAGCAUGGCACGGUGC